CUGCCAGGACUUGAAUUUCCCAACACUCCCCUUCAGUUUAAGGACAAAUCUUGUAUGCAAUGGGAGGGCUGUAAGACGAUCCGUGGUCACAGCUGAAUACAAAGAUGCUGCAGAUCCAGGAUGUUUUUAGCCAACUUUGGCUUGAAACAAAAACCAAGAUUCAUGCAGAAGUAAAAAACAUUUGUCUUAACAACUCAGAAUCUCUUUUGUUGUUUAACUGAAGUUGCACAUAAAUAGCACAAGCCAAUGUAGUUUAAGUAAAUGUAAUGAAAGGCGUUCGGUACAUUACACUAUUGUCAAGACUUUAGUUAUCUGGAAGACUAUUUGUGUCUCCUGCCUUUGGGUAAGCCUGCACUGCCUCUACAUGGCCACAUGUUCACAUUACAGCUCUAAGAAAAUGGCCCCGCCAGCAUGCACAUGUUGGAGACUGUACUGAUGUAAUCCGUGACAUUCCACUUCAAGUUUCUACUACACUAAGUAGAGACGCUACAAAUUGAAAUGAUGAGAGUUGAAAAAAGCACAAGUAGUGUUUGUACAAGCCUUUAAGAAUAAAAAAGCAAAAACACAAUGCAAACGAAAAUGUUAAAAAGGAGGAUGUGCUGGAAUAAGACAGUAAGUAUGGUAUGGAAAGCAAAGGAGGCCAUAAAUACUGAGUAAUCAGUCCUAGCAGAACAGAGACACCAGAAAUGGAAGUGAAAUAGAAUCAAAGCCAGUAAAAGUGUCAUACCAAAAAAAAAGAACAUUCAAUAUCAGUUAAAGGCAUUAUGGAGGAUGUUUUUUUUUUGUUUGUUUAAUUUGUCUGAUUCACAUAAAAUGAAUAUGACCUUUAGUGGACUUGUAUGUAUGGUCUCUAAAAGAAUAAAAAAAUAAAAAAUAACUGUGGACAUAGCAGGACCUGAAAAACAUCAGCCAAUCAACGCGCUCGGACCGAGGCGUUUGGUUUGCUCCCUUUCCUGUCAAUCAAAAAUCUUCCGGCUCAGGCCUAGUUACGUAGAUUAUGUACGCCUUGGACUUGCGUGUUUUGUGUAUGUGUUGCUUUGGUAUAGCUUCAUAGUUAGCUGGCGACUUGUUUUGCUCAUCUUUUUUUACAUAAUGGCAGAUAAAGAUCCAGGGGGACCCAGCCGUAAAAGACAACUUCACGAGUCCUACGCAAGUUUCUGGAGGGGGGCGUUUCUUCGUAAAUGUUAAGAGGGGGGAGGGUAGAGGGGGGUGAGGGAGAGGUUGUAUGUGCGCAUGCGCAUGCUACAUUCAAAGUCGUAGGAAAUUAAAUCUCCUUUAAUGUCUUUAAUGUUACAGAAAUGGGUCUAUCUGAUGAGUUGCUCUUAGUUUCAGCAAGAUUGUCACUUCAUACACACUGGAAAAACUUUCAAUAGAAGAUAGUGCACUGUGGAUCAUGUCAUAGUCACAGCCAGUUGGUAGGUGGCAGUGCUCCCUCCUCCCUGGUUCUCUCUUUCUCUCUCUAGGUGUGGUUUUGGCUGGCAGCAGGUAUGGUGAAUCCAAUCAAGUGAUCAUAUGCAGGUGGCUGUCAUCCAAGCUGGCUGGCUUCCCUUUCAAGAGUGACUUGACUUGUCAUUUGGUGCUGGACCAUCUCCUGCCUACUUCUGUUGACGUUCUUCUGGAGGUUUGAUUCUCCAUCAGGCUAAGGCUUCCUGGCUCUCCGAGGAACUUUGGAUUCUACAAGGAUUCUCUGAGGACAGAGGAGGACUCUGGCUGCUGCCACACCAUCUGAACGCCAUUCUGCUGGGGCUGGCAACCACCGUCACCGUCUACUUACCUGUACGCCAAGUAUUCUGCUCUGUUCGCUGUUGGAACAUCUGAGAUGGGUCUUCGUUGGUUACCAGCUCCUAAACGGUGGAGAGACUGCUAGCUAAGUUCCCACUCUUGCUGCACCUGAUAAUAGUUUCUUUAUUGAUUACUGGUGGUAGUUAAUGUGUUGGGAAUGUGUGGGUUUUGGGUUAGCGUUCUGAAGCUCUUGAAGUCUAGGAUGUUAGUUAAUUUGGGUUGAAUUAAGUUGUUUUCCUGCCUUAGUGGUGCUAAACGUGGGUUAACAGUUGAGUUUGUCUUGUACUUUUCUCUCCCCUAGAGGGAAUCUAGUUCUGCUAUGCCAACAGCGUAUUCUUGAGGUCUGUUUACUGUUUAUAGUUGUUUUUGUUCUGGCUUUUGUAAAAUAAGCCUUGUUAAAUCUUUCACUCGUCUGCCAUCUCAUUUCCCUGCACUUGAGCCUCUGUACCUGCCGUAACAGAUCAUAAUCCUCAGUGAAGAGAUGCAUCUGCUACUUGAAUAAUUUUGUCAUGUGUCUUGAAAUUUGCAUCCAAAUUCAUCUUUUCACUUUAUAUUUCACAAUUGUAUCAGUAAGUCUAAGUUUAUCUUUAACAGUGUAAGAAAAACGGCCCCAAAUGUGGGUGUCAGAAGUAAUGCAAUGUAGACUGUCGCAGUUAAAUGGGGUUUCAUAAUUAACUUUUAAAAAGGCUGCUGUGGUGAAGUCACUCUUUUACUGGUACAUGUUGGUUCACUCAUAAUACAUGAAAAUUGUUUGCUCUGUGAGCUACCAGUAGAGGAUAUUCCAGAGUUUCAUAACACACUUCCAGGACAUACUGUAUGAACCAACAUUUUAUCCAUGACAAGGUAUAGGCCAAUCACAAAUGCAUACACCCAUAUGAAACUGGUGAGAUUAAUCAUGAAUUUUUACUUAUAAAUGUACAUAUCACAUCUAAAGAGAGGUAAUAAUAAGAAAAAAAAAGGAUGUGUAGGAUGAUGUUCUAUUACUAACGGUUCACUCUUUCUAUGCAGGUCCUGUUUACUUUAGAGGACCGAAACUAAAAAUACUGAAUGAGUGAGUAAAUAUGUUUUCAACGAAAUCCCCAUGUGUAGCUUAACACCAAGUUAAAGAAGAAAAAAUCCGGAACAGAAUCCACACCAGGCUGUACAACACAGCUUCAACAAAGAGGCUGUAUUGUUCUCCAUUCCUGAAGGAAAGCCUAAAGAAAAGCUGAUCUGUAAUCCACUUGUGUAAUCUUUCUUGGAAUUUGUUGAGUGUUGGACCUACGAUGCCUCACACUGAGAUCUGAGACACAAGUGUGUACAAGCCUGGAGCUGCUCCUCAUAAAACGGACUAAAGAUGACCAAUGGAAAUGCAACAGCAUUUGUUCUCUUAUUAACUGCAGCUUUCUUGUCGUGGAGACUUAGUCAUGGAGGCAAGAUUUUGAUCGUUCCUUUUGAGGGAAGCCACUGGGUGAACAUGGACAUCAUAAUCAAGGCUCUCCACUCUCAAGGUCAUUCUAUCGAUGUGGUACGGAGUAACAAAAGCUGGUACAUUAAGGAUGGCGCUGCACACUACAAGACGAUCACAGUUCCAGUCACCGAAGCCUUUAAUCAUGAUUUUAUUAACCCCAUUGUGAAAAAAAUAAUUGCCAUAGAAAGGGGGGAGAACUCUGUUAUGAGCUUUGUGAGUUUACAGUUGGAAAUGUUUAGUUCAAUGACUGACAUGCACGCAAUGAACUGCAAAAUGGUUACUAACAUGCUUCAAGAUAAAGAGUUGAUGAAUAGUUUAAAGGCACCUGAGUAUGACCUGGUUCUUACUGACCCAGCAUGGGGUGUAGGUAUACUGUUGGCUCACGCUCUUCAGCUUCCUCUAGUCUAUAAUGUGCGAUGGGUAACUAGUGGGGAGGGACACUUGGCUAUAGCACCUUCACCUUUAUCUUAUAUCCCAGUGACUGGCUCAGGACUGACAGACAAAAUGACUUUCAUGCAGAGAGUUAAAAAUAUAAUUAUCUCUGUCAUCUGGCGAACUCAGAACAUAUUUUUAAUCCGUCCACAGUAUCAAGCUGUUUGUGAUCAGUUCUUCGGCCCAGAAGUUAAAUAUAGUGAUUUAUUACAGGGAGCAGAUCUGUGGCUCAUGAGAGUGGACUUUGUGUUUGAAUUCCCUCGUCCCACAAUGCCUAAUGUUAUCUAUAUAGGAGGGUUCCAGUGCAAACCUGCAGAACCUCUGCCUCAACACUUGGAGGAGUUUGUGCAGAGUUCUGGAGAGCAUGGAGUCAUCAUCAUGUCUCUGGGGACUUUUGUGAGUGAACUGCCUGCUGACAUGGCAAAUGAGAUCGCUGCAGCUUUUGCUAAACUUCCUCAGAAAGUCAUCUGGAGGUAUAAAGGCCGCAGACCAGACGCUCUGGGCAACAACACUUUAAUAGUGGACUGGAUGCCUCAGAACGACCUUCUCGGACAUCCUAAAGUAAAAGUGUUUGUGGCUCAUGGAGGAACAAACGGAGUCCAAGAAGCUAUUUAUCAUGGAGUCCCAGUUGUGGGCAUCCCAGUGUUUUUUGACCAAUAUGACAACCUGAUCCGACUAGAAGGCAGAGGAGCAGCUAAGAUUCUUACAUUAUCUGCAGUGGACAAAGACAACAACUUCGUAAAAGCUAUCCAAGAAGUCCUGAGUGAACCCUCCUACAGGAUGAACAUGCAGAGACUGUCCAGGCUGCACAGAGAUCAGCCAAUAACACCGAUGGAUAACGCCCUCUUCUGGAUCGAGUUUGUCAUGAGACACAAAGGCGCAGCUCACCUAAGAACAGAAUCUUACAAAAUGUCCUGGUAUUCCUACCACUCUGUAGACAUAGCUCUGUCUUUUAUGGCUGCUGUUGGUCUGAUUCCUUUUCUGAGUUUUGUGUCUUUCAGAUUAUGUCUUGAGAAAUGCCUGAAAAGAAAAAUUAAUAAAAAAUGACAAAACACUG